AUGGGUCCUUGUGAAGAAAUCUUUUAUCGAAAAAAUUUUUUUUCGAAUUCGAAUAUUGAUGAAUGUAGUUCCGAUCUACAUAAUUGUACAACUGGUCAACGAUGUGAGAAUUUGCCUGGAUCUUACCGUUGUAUUCGUGAGAGAAAUUGCGGAACGGGAUAUCAGGUUGACGCAGUGACCCAAACCUGUACUGAUAUUGAUGAAUGUGAAAAGGACAUGCACGAUUGUGGAUGUGUACCACAAAAAUGUCCUCCUGGUGAACACCUCAACGUUUUUCUUGGUCGAUGUUCAAGAAUUCAGUGCCAUCCUGGUUAUAAUGCAACAGCCGUUGGCAAAUGUGUAGAUAUAAAUGAAUGUAAACAAGUUCCAAGUCCAUGUAAAAUUGGCGAACGAUGCGAUAACACGAUUGGCUCCUAUCGAUGUGUUAACAUAUUUUCAUGUGCUCACGGUUUAGAAGCAAAAGAACUUCAGUGCAUAGAUAUCGAUGAAUGUUCCAUAGGAAAUCACACAUGUCUUCUACCAGCAAUUUGCAAGAAUACUUAUGGUUCGUAUUUGUGCCAAUGCCCGGCUGGUUAUGUAUUUAAACAUGGUGCUUGUGUGGACGACGAUGAAUGCAGUCGAGGAAGUUCAAUGUGCCCAAGCAAUUCUUAUUGUCAAAAUACACCUGGGUCAUUUACUUGUGAUUGUGUGACGGGCUACAAAAUGCUUGAAGGAAGAAACGUCUGUGAAGAUGUUGAUGAAUGUAAAGCGAAUCCAAACAUAUGUGAACAACAAUGUAUUAAUUUUCAAGGAUCGUAUUAUUGUCUUUGCAAAGAAGGUUAUCGUCUUAAUCCUGACAAACGAACUUGUAGAGAUUUGGAUGAAUGUGCACUAGUGGCAAAUCUUUGUCAAUACCGUUGUGACAAUACACCUGGUUCAUAUCAAUGUCAGUGCCCUCAAGGAUACAAUAUGGAACGUGCAAGAUAUUGUCGAGAUAUUGACGAAUGUCGAAUGAAUACUCAUAAUUGUAGAACAGAAGAUGUAUGUAUUAAUUUACGCGGUGGAUUUCGAUGUUAUUAUGUCGAUUGUCCAGAAGGCUAUGAAAAACAAUCAUCAAAUCGAUGUCAAUUGAGCUCUCGUUCAUGCUAUGAUAGUCAAAAUAAUAGCUCACGUUGUUCAGUCAAUAAUCCAGUUAAAUACAUAUAUUCAUUUGUAUCACUGCCAGCUAAAAUGCCGAUACCCGUUGAAGUAUUUCGUGUACGAAAUGGUAUUUUGAAUGCUUAUCAACGUGUAGAAUUUGAUUUACGUUUAAUAAAUGCUAAAGAUCCAUUCACAAAUGUAACAAAGACGUCACUUGAUCAUUUUUAUUUGAAACGUAUAGCACCUCAUGAUGCUACAUUAUCAAUUGUUAAAGAGAUUAGUCCAUCACAAGAUAUUGAAUUAGAUAUAAGAAUGUCGAUGUUUUCAACUGGACGGCUACAGGCCAUAUCGGUCAUGAAAUUAUUCAUCUUUGUUAGUCAGUAUGAAUUCUAA